CUAAUUUCAGUUGUUUUAGUUUGCAGUUUACUAAAUAAUUUGUCAUUGUGUUAAUUGCAAUAGUGGUAAUCACUCCCAUAAGAAUCACCUAGCGUAAAUUAAGAAAGGGAUGCAGUUCACUAGUUAGUGAAACAUCUAUAAAGGAGAUUGUUCCUGAUCUAGAACAAAAAUACAUCGGUGAACCAUCAUUUAAGUUCUGCGAUGAACGCCACGGGGACCAUGAAAAUCGUCGAAGUUUGCAGCGUCGGCUUAGCCGCAGUCGCUGCCUCCUACUUAGGCUACAAGUUCUGGGCCAAGUUGGUACGAGCUAAGCCCCUCGACAGCACCAAAGCCGUGAUAAUAACCGGCUGCGAUUCCGGCCUGGGAUUUUCAUUCGCAAAACACUUUGUCGAACGAGGUAUGACCGUGUUGGCCUGCGUGCUCGACCUGGACUGUGAUGGUGCCCAGGAGCUCGCCGGGGACUUGGUACACUUGUACAAAAUGGACGUGACGAAGGAAGAACUCGUCAAAAACGUCUCAGAACAAAUCAUGCACACCAUCAAUGAAAACGGAUACGAAUUACUAGGACUUGUUAACAAUGCAGGUGUUUUACUUUUUGGGGAUUUCGAAUGUCUGACGAUGAACCACAUCCAAAAUCAAAUCAAUGUAAAUUUUAUUGGAACUCUCACCGUCACAAAGUACUUUUUACCAUUAAUUCGAACACAUCGAGCACGUGUGAUAAAUUUAACAUCUCACUGCGCCAAAGCGUCAUUGCCAUCGCUCUCAAUUUACUGUGCCACCAAAGCUGCAAUUGAUGCUUGGUCUCAAUCCCUCCGAAUAGAGAUGGAAAGAUUUGGAGUCAAAGUUAUAACUUUUGUGCCAGGAUCCUACCCAUUGAAGAGUAGAAUUUUGUGCAAACAAGCGGAGUUGAUGUGUGAAAUGGAGCAGCUGAUGACGCCGGAUAUUAAAAAAGCGUACCCUCAUUUUGAAACACUGCAGUCGUACCUUUUUAAAAUUGGUAUACCUUCGCAAGACACGAUCGGUUACGUUGACGACCCCGUGCUUUUUGCAAAAUUUGAAGACGCUCUGUUUUCCACCAGCCCAAAGAGGGAGUACGUAAACGAGAAUUUCAGAUACAAAUUGUAUCACACUAUGUUUAAACUAUCUCCGACUGAGGGUAUAAAAGAUUAUCUAAUUAAAAAAUUUGUAUCAAUACCACCAUAUGCCUAGUUGAGGUUUUCAAUUUUUUUAGAUUUUAAUGUUUAGUUCUUGCUGUUUUUUUUUUGUUUUUUUGUUUUUUUGUUUUU